AACUACAAUACCCUGACAACGAUUCAUACUACCAAGAGAGUUAUACUGCUGUUACGAGUACCUCCAAUGACCAGACAGGUCUCACCUUGACCGCGGCAUCGGCCACCCACCCUCCCUCCUCUCCUCAACUUCCGUCCAACAUAUUCUGGGCCUGCGCAGACAUCACCCUAACCCUAACCAACACCAUGUCGUACGGCGGCCCCGGCGCCCGCUCUUCAAGCGCAUACAAUCCAGGCUCAAGCUCCUCGUCUACUUCUGCAUCCACAUCACAUCUCCAAGCACGAAUUUCUCAAAAACGGGCGGAACUGGCACAUCUACAAUCAUUGCGCGAUUCCAGUGCAACCCUUGCCUCGCAACUGUCUGUACUCGAGACGAAACUGUCAACGCUCAAAGACGGCGCUCAGAGUGUAGCACUGGUCCUGGCGAACUGGGACAAUGUCCUUCGAGCGAUCGGAAUGGCUGCUUCCCAAGUCCCUCAACCCACGGCCACAAGUGAUCCUGGACAGGAAGAAGAAGGACCUCGAGACGAUGACGAAACAGUUGAUCAGAAUAAAGUCAAGAACAAGCAGUCCGAGAAGAAUACCAAAGACUCAAAGUUGCCCUCCUUGCCUGUCCCGCUGGUUAGGAUACCAGUGCAACGGCCGGACGGCGACGGGGGCUGAGAGAGACAACAGCAUCCAGCCUUUCGUCAUUUCCCG